AUGAUCUCCAACAUUAUCAACUUGCAGAGCACGCCUUUCAACACUCAGAGCACGCCCUCCAACACUCAGAGCACGCCCUCCAAUACUCAGAGCACGCCCUCCAACACUCAGAGCACGCCCUCCAACACUCAGAGCACGCCCUCCAACACUCAGAGCACGCCCUUCAACACUCAGAGCACGCCCUCCAACACUCAGAGCACGCCCUCCAACACUCAGAGCACGCCCUCCAACACUCAGAGCACGCCCUCCAACACUCAGAGCACGUCCUCCAACACUCAGAGCACGCCCUCCAAUACUCAGAGCACGCCCUCCAACACUCAGAGCACGCCCUCCAACACUCAGAGCACGUCCUCCAACACUCAGAGCACGCCCUCCAACACUCAGAGCACGCCCUCCAACACUCAGAGCACGCCCUCCAACACUCAGAGCACGUCCUCCAACACUCAGAGCACGUCCUCCAACACUCAGAGCACGCCCUCCAAUACUCAGAGCACGCCCUCCAACACUCAGAGCACGCCCUCCAACACUCAGAGCACGUCCUCCAACACUCAGAGCACGCCCUCCAACACUCAGAGCACGCCCUCCAACACUCAGAACACGCCCUCCAACACUCAGAGCACGCCGUCCAACACUCAGAGCACGCCCUGCAACACUCAGAGCACGCCGUCCAACACUCAGAGCACGCCGUCCAACACUCAGAGCACGUCCUCCAACACUCAGAGCACGUCCUCCCCCAAGCCAACACAAUAUGAAGAUAUUGCCAGUAAUGUUUACACUAAGGAGUAG